CGAGCCUCGGACGCCGGCGCCGCCUCCUGCCAUUGUUCAUCGGGCUGUAGCAGCUGCAGGCGCGGGAUCCCGGGCCCGGGAGCUACCGCAACAUCAUGACAACAGAGAAGAGUUUAGUGGUCGAGGCUGAAAAUUCUCAGCACCAACAACAAAAGGAAGAGGGUGAGGGAGCCACAAACUCAGGACAGCAGGAAGCUCAACUGGAAGAGGCUUCUCAAGCAGCAGCUGAAGGGGACAAUCAGUGUGAGCAGAAGCUGAAGACAUCCAAUGGAGACACUCCGACUCACGAAGACCUGAACAAGAACAAGGAUCGGACGUCAGAAAGCAGAGGCCUCUCGCGACUGCUCUCCUCAUUUCUCAAAAGGCCCAAAUCUCAGGUCUCUGAGGAAGAAGUCAAAGAGGGAGAGUCAGAUAAAGAAAGAGGUGAAGGAGGUCAGAAAGAGACAGAAUUUGGAACCAGUCUCGAUGAAGAAAUUAUUUUAAAGGCCCCAAUUGCUGCACCUGAACCUGAGCUCAAAACAGAUCCUUCCUUGGACCUUCAUUCAUUAAGCAGUGCAGAAACACAGCCAGCUCAGGAAGAACACAGAGAAGAUCUAGAUUUUGAAACUAAGGAAGGAGAAGGAAUUGAAGAGUGCUCCAAAACAGAAGUAAAAGAAGAUCCUGAGUCAAAAACAGAAAGAGAAUUAAAAGCUUCCCAGAAAUCAGUCAGACGACACAGAAACAUGCACUGCAAGGUUUCUUUGUUGGAUGACACAGUUUAUGAAUGUGUCUUGGAGAAACAUGCUAAAGGACAAGAUUUGCUUAAAAGAGUAUGUGAACACCUCAAUCUUUUGGAGGAAGACUACUUUGGUCUAGCCAUUUGGGAUAGCGUAAGCUCUAAGACAUGGCUGGAUUCUGCCAAAGAAAUCAAAAAGCAAGUUCGAGGUGUCCCAUGGAAUUUUACAUUCAAUGUAAAGUUUUAUCCACCUGAUCCAGCACAGUUAACAGAGGACAUAACAAGAUAUUAUUUAUGUCUUCAGCUUCGACAGGACAUUGUUGCAGGACGUCUGCCCUGUUCCUUUGCAACUUUAGCAUUAUUGGGUUCUUACACCAUCCAGUCUGAGCUGGGAGACUACGAUCCAGAACUCCAUGGUGUGGAUUAUGUUAGUGAUUUUCAUCUGGCCCCAAAUCAGACCAAGGAACUUGAAGAGAAGGUCAUGGAACUGCAUAAAUCAUACAGGUCCAUGACUCCAGCUCAGGCUGACUUGGAAUUUCUUGAGAAUGCCAAAAAGUUGUCUAUGUAUGGUGUCGAUCUGCAUAAAGCAAAGGACUUGGAGGGAGUGGAUAUCAUCCUAGGUGUCUGCUCUAGUGGCCUUUUGGUUUACAAAGAUAAGUUGAGAAUUAACCGUUUUCCUUGGCCCAAAGUACUGAAGAUUUCUUAUAAACGCAGCAGCUUUUUCAUCAAGAUCCGGCCUGGAGAGCAAGAACAAUACGAAAGUACCAUUGGAUUCAAACUUCCCAGUUACCGAGCAGCUAAGAAAUUAUGGAAAGUCUGUGUAGAACAUCACACAUUUUUCAGACUGACAUCUACAGACACCAUUCCCAAAAGCAAAUUUCUUGCCCUGGGAUCCAAAUUUCGAUAUAGCGGCCGGACUCAAGCUCAGACCAGGCAAGCUAGUGCUCUGAUUGACAGGCCUGCCCCACACUUCGAGCGCACAGCAAGCAAACGGGCAUCCCGGAGUCUCGAUGGAGCAGCAGCUGCUGAUUCAGCAGACCGAAGUCCUCGGCCCACCUCUGCACCAGCCAUUGCUCAGAGUCAGGUCACUGAGGGCAACGGCCCAGAGGCAUCUGCCAAAAAAACACCGAAGGAAACAGUGAAGGUUGAAGUGAAAAGAGAAGAGGAGCCACCGGAGCAAGCUGAGCCAGAGCCCACAGAAGCAUGGAAGAAAAAGAGAGAGAGACUAGAUGGUGAAAACAUUUAUAUCAGACAUAGCAAUUUAAUGUUGGAGGAUUUAGACAAAAGUCAAGAAGAGAUCAAAAAACAUCAUGCCAGCAUUAGUGAGCUGAAAAAGAACUUCAUGGAGUCUGUGCCAGAACCACGGCCCAGCGAAUGGGAUAAACGCUUGUCUACUCAUUCCCCGUUCCGGACGCUUAACAUCAACGGGCAAAUCCCCACAGGAGAAGGACCCCCACUGGUGAAGACUCAGACUGUCACCAUCUCAGAUACUGCAAAUGCUGUGAAAAGUGAAAUCCCGACCAAAGACGUCCCCAUUGUCCACACCGAGACCAAGACCAUCACUUAUGAGGCUGCCCAGACUGAGGACAGCAAUGGGGACUUGGACCCGGGAGUCUUGCUGACAGCCCAGACCAUCACAUCUGAGACCACAAGCAGCACCACCACAACUCAGAUUACCAAGACUGUAAAGGGUGGAAUAUCAGAGACCCGGAUUGAGAAGAGAAUUGUGAUCACAGGAGAUGCUGAUAUUGACCAUGACCAGGUCCUUGUACAAGCCAUCAAGGAGGCAAAGGAACAGCACCCAGACAUGUCUGUGACCAAGGUGGUUGUCCAUCAGGAGACUGAGAUCGCUGAGGACUGAGCUCAGGAACUGUCCUGCCCCCAACUCCCUACCCUUCUCCCAUCCAAGAAAAACCAGCGAUGAUACAGAGCCAACCUGCAAUAGUCAGACUUCAGAUUUUCAAGAUUACUUUAAACCACCAGGAAGUUUUCUUCAUUUUCUAUUUGGAGUUUAUACCAAGAGAUUCUUCUAGCUAUCACUGAUCCUUUUGAAGACCUUUUUCUAUAUUGUGAUACCAGAAAUUGCUCAGCUUUUCACUCUAUGGACUAUUUCUAAAGAGUUUUUUACGGGGUGGUUUGUAACCCCUCCAACCUAGCCUCUCCCCAUUUAUUUCCAGCCCAGAUUCUAACAGGGUCCACAGAAUUCUUCAGGAAAUCCUCCAGAGACCCUGUCAGCUGUGUUGGAGGCCAAAGUCAGCUCAGUGGGACUCCCGCUCCUGCCCUAGUUUUACGCCCUCUGGAUGACAGCGGAAGCUUCAUGAACCAGCUCUUUCUCAGAGCUAAGAUGCCACUUUACCAGAAUGUCAGGCAGCAUGACUGCUCUGAUCCACAGACCCCCAGAAAAAUGUCCUGUCCCUCUGUUAGAGUGUUUUUGGUGAGGCAGAGACCUCCGCUGAGAAUGUAGUGCUGUUCUCCCUCCCUCCCUCCCUCCCUCCCGCGCGCUCUGUUUUGGAGCUUCUUUUGGUCAGAGACAUAAGAAAUUGCUUCAGGUAGAUCUGAUACUGUGAAUGUUUGAACAUACCCGUGGCCUUCACCUCCCCAAUUGCCCUUGUACCUCAGCAGCAGCGGUGGCUCUGCCAAGCACUCCCCUAGGCUCCCGUCUCAGGAGACCAAAACUCACGGAAAAGUAGGCACCUUUGGCCAAAAGCUCUAAUGGAAUGUUUUCAGUGGCAGUUUGGGGAAGGAAAGCUAAUGAGGUUUUUAGAAUAAGGUGUUCUAGUUCUGGGAGUGCGCACUUCAUCCUGAGGAGUGGCGCUUACCUCAGUCUACUAAGGAGUGUUUCAGGUAACCAGGUCUGGGCCUUUCUUUUAUUGUCACAAGGGAUGUAGCUCAGACAGGAGGCUGUGUUCUCUGACCUUCCUCCUGAGAGGCACCUGCCUGAGGACAUCCUUCUGGAGCAAGGGGAUUAUCGGCUUCUAGGGACCAUCCCUCCCAUAAGACACCACAUGACGGGUAUAAGCCCUAGGGCUGCUCAUCCCCCCUCGCCACCUGAGGUCUGUCAGGUUUUGUGGACUUGAUUUGUGGUGAGUUUUGGAUUUAGGUUUUUUAUUUGCCUUGGUUUUGAAAGUGAGGACUGAUGUCCCCAAUUCCUGGUAAGGAUUUGGGGCAUUUUUAUUCAAUAGGGCUUCUCUAAUCCUCCAGCUUGCUUCCCACAACAGAUCUGCCUGGAAGCUUCUUAGAAUCCUAAUUCUAGGCUAGAAGCGAACUUCAUGAGAUUAGUCAGUGAGUCACUGACAGCGAUCACUGGGGCUCAAGGACACUGAGCAUGAGCACAGUCUGAAGCCAGCAGCACGUGUCCAAAGUCUCUACUAGCCGAGUGUUACUUAGACAAACUCAGCUGAUUUGAACUGAUUGCGAGUGUGUGCGUUUUUUUCUUUUAGUUCUCACGUGAGACCACUAUUGCCAACAGGCAGCUCAGGAGGGAGGGGAGAGUCGGGGGAGUUAUGACAGGCUGGGGAGCAGUGGGUUGUUCUGUCUUAGGAGCAGAUGUACAGGCUGUGGCAUAGGGUCUGACAUGAUGAGGCUUUCUGGGGGCCCCAGCCAGGACUGUGUUGUCAGGUCUGAACCCCUGUCCCAUCAAACAGACGGAUAAUGAGCUUACUUUCAAGUGGCCAGGUGUCCUGCUGAAGGAGCCACCAGUGCUCACGAUGCUGAAACCUAGAGCUGGGCGCAGUGGUACGCACCCAGGAUCCCGGCUGCUUGGGAGGCUGAGGCAGGAGUUUUGUAAGUUUGUAUCCAGCCUUAGCAACAGAGCAAGACCCUAUCUCCAAAACAAAAACUGGAGACCUGUGGGAGGAAGAGGAUGGGCGAAGGGAGGGGCGCAUGCAUGUCUCUUCAGCAUCCCCAAUGUUCUGUGCUAUCCAGAUCAGUGUGGCAGCCUUCAUAGCACAGGACCUUGCAUCUGGGGGCCUAAGCUUUCCUCAGCUCUGCCGCCAGCUCCCUCCUCCUCUGUCAGUUGAACCAGAAUUACACUAACUUCCUCCCAGGCCACUUCCCCUUCCUCCCAUUCUGGCAACAGAUCUUGGAGUUUGGCAA